AUGGAUACCUUCCUCUCCUCCGCGUCCCAGACGCUAUCGUUCUAUCUGAAUGGGACUCCCAUUUACCUUGCAAACCCCCAUCCCCGCUGGACCUUGCUUGAUUUCAUCCGCUCGCAGGAUGGUCUCAAGGGCACAAAGCUGGGCUGUGGCGAGGGCGGGUGCGGUGCUUGCACUGUCGUCCUGCAGACGAGGGAUGCCUCCCGCCGUAUUCGCCAUGUCGCUGUGAAUGCCUGUCUUUACCCUUUAAUCGGAGUCACCGGAAAACAUGUCAUUACAGUGGAAGGGCUGGGCAGCGUCGACAACCCGCAUCCACUACAAGACAGGAUCGCAAAGCUGCACGCGUCGCAGUGUGGAUUCUGCACGCCUGGGAUUGUCAUGUCGCUGUAUGCGAUUGUCCGUAAUGCAUUCGAUCCUGCCACGGGGCAGUUCCAGCUCUCGGAGCAGGAUAUCGAGGGGAAAGGACAUCUAGAUGGGAAUCUGUGUCGGUGCACGGGGUAUAAACCCAUCUUCCAAGCGGCGAGGACGUUCCUUCGUGAGGAUCUAGGCGUCACGCCGGCUAUUGUGCCGUCGGCUUUAGAUGAGACGGAGAUGGACAUGACUGGGUCUGAUUCUGCGUCUGCUUCCGGGUCUGGGUCUGGAUCUGGCUCUUGUGGUCGUCCCGGCGGCUGCUGUCGUGAUACCCCUGGAGGGUCAUGUUCCAGCUCAGAUAUAACAGUCCCUUCACCACCGUCUUCUCCAAAACAGUUCGAUUUCAUCCCGUAUGUCCCGACUACGGAGCUGAUAUAUCCUCCUGGCCUGGCCAAGUUCCAGCCUCAGCUGGUAUCUUACGGAGACGAAAGCCAGGCCUGGGUGAAGCCUACAACGGUGCAAGAGACGCUGGACAUUCUUUCUCGAUAUCCUAAUGCGAUUCUAGUCACAGGCGCAAGCGAAGUGCAAGUGGACGUGCGAUUCAAGAACUUCAGUCCCCCGAUCAGUAUCUUUGUCGGCGACAUCCCUGAGCUUACAUCCAUCACCUGGAGCGACGACACCCUGCACGUCGGGGGCUCAGCCUCUCUUACAGACCUCGAGAAUGAAUGCCUACGCCGCAUCCCUGACUUCAAAGGUACAAAUCCAGGCUACGCAUCAACACUCUCAGCAAUCGCCAAAACCCUCCGCUACUUCGCCGGCCGCCAGAUCCGCAACGCCGCCUCGCUGGCUGGGAAUAUCGCAACCGCGUCCCCAAUCUCAGAUAUGAACCCCGUCCUGCUCGCCUUGAACGCAACAGUACAUACCAAGUCAUUGGAAAAGGAGGACUCCAUCCCAAUGAGCCAAAUGUUCAAGGGAUACAGAAAAACAGCCCUCCCACAAUCCUCCCUUAUAACAUCCAUCUCCAUCCCAAUGCCGUCAAAGAAUACGCUGGAAUUCACAAACGCAUAUAAACAAGCAAAGCGCAAAGACGACGACAUCGCAAUCGUCACCGCCGCAUUCACCGUCCGUCUCUCCAACGGCCCAGAACAUAAAAUACAAGAAAUAUCACUCGCCUUCGGCGGCAUGGCGCCCACCACCGUCCUGGCACCAAAAGCAGCGUCAGCACUGCUAAACAGCCCCUGGACAGCUACAACCCUAGAAACAGCCCUAACGGCGCUAAGCCACGAAUUCGCCCUCCCUUAUAACGUCCCAGGUGGAAUGGCGACAUUCAGACGAACACUGACCCUCUCCCUCUUCGUGCGGUUCUGGCACUACGUCUCGCAGAAACUAAGUCUCGAGUUUGAUCCGGACUUGGUGGAUGAAAUACACCGCGGGUUUUCAACAGGGACGAGGGAUGACGUGAACCUUCACGCCCAGCGCGUCGUGGGACAGCAGAUCCCGCACGUUAGCGGGCUGAAACAUGCAACUGGCGAGGCGGAGUAUGUCGACGAUAUGCCCCCGCUUCAUCGGGAGUUACAUGGGGCGUUGGUGCUGUCUGAGCGUGCGCAUGCGAGGAUAGUAGAGGUGGAUUGGGCUCCGGUAUUUGAAGUGGGAGCGCUGGGGUAUGUGGAUCAGGGUUCCUUGCCUGGGGAGAAGAACCUGUGGGGGUCUGUUGUGCAUGACGAGCCGGUUUUUGCGAGGGGGGUUGUGAGCUCGCAUGGACAGCCUGUUGGGAUGGUUUAUGCGGAGAGGUUGGAGGUUGCGCUGGCUGCGGCGAAGAGGGUUAGGGUUGUGUAUGAGGAUUUGCCGGUGGUGAUUACGAUUGAUGAGGCGAUUGAGAAGCAGUCGUUCUUUAAGCAUGGGAAGGAGUUGAGGAGGGGGGCGAAGCCGGAGGAGAUGGAGAGUGUGUUUAAGGAAUGUGAGGUGGUGCUGUCUGGGACGACGAGGGUCGGUGGGCAGGAGCAUUUCUAUCUCGAGACGAAUGCGGCCGUUGCGGUGCCGAAUGCUGAGGAUGGGAGUAUGGAUGUGUGGUCGAGCACGCAGAAUACAAUGGAAACGCAGGACUUCGUCAGCCAGGUCGUCGACGUCCCCCGGCACAAGAUCAACGCCAAAGUACGCCGCAUGGGCGGCGCAUUCGGCGGCAAAGAGUCUCGCUCUGUUCCUAUAGCAUGCAUGGUCGCCGUCGCAGCGAAGAAGACCCGCCGGCCAGUGCGCAUCAUGCUCAACCGGGACGAAGACAUGAUGACCUCCGGCCAGAGACACCCGGUACAAUGUCGGUGGAAGGUAGGGUGUACGCGGGAGGGAAAACUGGUCGCCCUCGAUGCAGAUGCGUAUAAUAAUGCCGGGUAUUCAGUCGACAUGUCCAGCGCGGUCAUGGACAGGUGUCUCACGCAUAUGGACAACUGCUACUUUAUCCCGAAUGUGUGGCUGCGCGGCUGGGUGUGCAAGACGAACACGCAUAGUAAUACUGCAUUCCGCGGCUUUGGAGCUCCCCAGGCAAUGUAUAUCUCCGAGAGCAUCAUCAAUGCUGUUGCCGAGAAGGUCGGUAUAAGCGUUGACGAGAUCCGACGGCGGAAUCUAUAUACCAUCGGGCAGCGCACGCCGUUCCUGCAGACGAUCGACGAGGACUGGCACGUCCCUAUAGUCCUGGAGCAGGUGCGUCAGGAGGCGAAGUACGAUGAGCGCCGUAAAGCAGUCGAGGAGUUCAACGCUGCGCACCGCUGGCGAAAACGUGGGAUCUGUCUUAUCCCGACCAAGUUUGGGAUUUCGUUUGCGACGGCGUUGCAUCUGAAUCAGGCCAGUGCGGCUGUGCGGGUUUAUACAGACGGCUCGGUCUUGCUGCAUCAUGGGGGCACGGAGAUGGGACAGGGGCUGUACACGAAGAUGGUGCAGAUUGCAGCGCAGGAACUCGGGGUCGCUGUUGACCAGGUGUAUACGGAGGGAACGUCCUCGUAUCAAACGGCGAAUGUCUCGCCCACGGCUGCAUCUUCAGGCAGUGACCUUAAUGGUAUGGCGGUUAAGCAUGCCUGCGACCAGAUCAACGAGCGUCUGCAGCCAUACCGCGAGAAGUUUCCAGAUGCAUCACUGGGAAAGAUUGCCAUGGCGGCAUAUCGCGACCGUGUCAACCUCUCUGCUGCUGGGUUCUGGAAAAUGCCAACAAUCGGAUACGAGUGGGGGAAUUAUGACCCAGAGACUGUCAAGCCGAUGUACUUUUACUUUACACAGGGCGCUGCAUGCACCGAAGUCGAGCUGGACCUGUUGACCGGCGACCACACGGUCCUGCGCACAGAUAUCAAAAUGGACGUCGGACGAUCGAUAAACCCAGCGCUCGACUACGGGCAGAUCGAAGGAGCCUUCGUCCAGGGCCAGGGGCUCUUUACUAUGGAGGAAUCGCUAUGGACGCAAUCCGGCCAGCUCGCGACCAGAGGACCAGGGAACUACAAGAUCCCUGGCUUCUGCGACAUCCCGCAGGAGUUUAAUGUGAGUUUCCUCCAGGGUGUCGGGUGGAAAACGCUGCGUAGUAUCCAGUCGAGCAAGGGGAUUGGGGAGCCGCCGCUUUUCUUGGGUAGUACGGUCCUGUUUGCCCUGAGGGAUGCCUUGGGAUUUGCUAGAAGAGAACGAGGGGUGAAGGCGCCUCUGGUUUUGGACAGUCCGGCGACAGUGGAAAAGCUGAGGCUGGCGGUUGGGGACGAGUUGCUGGAGAAGGGCAGGGCUGAGAGGAGGGAGGGAGAGCGGAACUUCUUCGUUACUGUUGCUUAG